GGUCGUGUUCUCGUGACCUUUGAGAGGGGCUAAAAAUAGUCUCAAACCGGGGGGGACACGUAGGGACCGUCGUCAAGUGCCACCAGCCUCGAGCACUUGUGGCCCCACCUCGUUUGCCCCAGCGGGGUCUGAACUUGAUCACGGUCCCUCCAGCGGGGAGGGGCGAAGGGAAAGGGAUAAAUAAUCCCGUGGGACACCUGUGGGAGAGGGGCAGGGUCCCACGAAAAGGCAGCACUGGGUGAGAAGGGCCCAGACCCACCCUGCACCCCUUUGAGUGUCCUGAGUAGUGGGGAGGGCAGUCUGGGAUCAUUCACGAUCCUCCAUGGAGGGACAUAGGGCCACCUCAGAGCACUUGGAGCUGGGGGGGGUGUGUCUGUGGAGAUUAGGGUCAGGCUGGGACCCCCAUGACUUUGGCCUUGUCUUCUGGGUCCCCUACCCCACAGCCAUGUUCAUCCACAAGAUUGCAGCACUGGAGCUUCUGAAAGCAGCCAUUGGGAAGGCUGGGUACCUGGACAAGGUGGUCAUUGGCAUGGACGUAGCAGCUGCCAAGUUCUGCUGUGAUGGCAAAUACAACCUGGACUUCAAAUCCCCCCCCCAUCCCAAGCACCUCAUCACCCGGGGACAGCUCUACGAGACCUUCAUCAAAGACUAUCCCAUGGUGUCAACUGAGAACCCCUUUGACCUGAAUAACUGGGGGGGCUGGAAGUGGUUCCUGACACAGGCGGACAUCCAGGUGGUGGGCAGUGACCUGACAGCGACAUCCUGAAGCACAUCACACAGGCAGGCGAGGCUGCAGGCACGCAGCUGCCUCCUGCUCAAGGUCAACCAGAUCGCAUCACCAUGUCCACGCAGGUGAGUCCUCUGAAUCCUCGUGCAGCUCCCCGUGCAAAUGCCCAGCACUGAGCCCAUGCAGGUGUGAUCGUCGUGUGACUCCAUGCCCUGCCAAAUCCCCGUAUAACCCUGUCGUUACGUAGUCCAUCUAGGUGUGAGUGCACGUGCAAAUCCCCCACCGCUGAAGCCAUCAGGUGUGACUGCACACACAAACUCAUACAAACUCUUGUGAAAAUCCCCACCACUGAAGCCAUCCAGGCCAAGCCUGUGCAAACCCUCCUGCAAAUCUCUGUGGAAGCCCCGCAAGUCACUGCGUCCACCCAGGUGCGAGUGUAUGGCCAAAUCCUCGUGCAAAUCCUUGGGAAAAGGCUCCUUGUGAAGAGGCCUCAUGCAGACUGUUGUAAGAGGCGAGGUCUCUGCACAAAAGGUGCAAACCCCCCUCAUCACUGUGGCCAUGAAGUGCAAAGCCCUUGUGUAAAAACUUCAUGCACAGCCCUUGUGCAAGCUCAUGUCCCCAUGUCACCUCCCAUGACCCCUCCUGUGUACCCCCACAGGUGCAAGCUGGCCCAGAGGCAUGGCUGGGGGGUCAUGGUAAUGCACCGCUAGGGUAAGACCGAGGACACCUUCAUCACUGACCUUGUUGUGGGGUCUGGACUGGCCAGGGGAGUCCCCGCAAACCCUGUCACCCUCCCUGUUUCCUCCAUGACAGCCUUCAUUGUCCCCCGUCCCCCAGAUCAAGACGGGUGCUCCCUGUUGUUGCUCCAAGCACUUAGCCAAGUACAACCAGCUGAUGAAGUGAGGGGUCUCCACGUAUCUGUGUCCCCUCCCUUGUCCCCAAAUCUCUGUGUGUGUCCCCUUGUCCCCACAUGUCCCCAGGGGUCCUGGCUGCCUCCAUGUGCCCACCUCCCCCCCAGGGACCUGGGUAGGGUGCCCAAGCCCAUCCCCGUGUCCCUCCCAGGAGCGUUCUUGUCCCUGUGUGUCCCCCAUGUGGCCCCCUCUUCCACAAAGUCCCCCCAUUUCGUGACCCCUGGAUCAUUCCCAUGUCACCCCACUGAGGUCUUGUCCAUUCCAGGAUCCAAGAGGUGCUGGGGGACAAGGCCAAUUUGGCAGGGCGCAAAUUCCGAAACCUCAAGGGCCAAGUAGGAGGGGAAGAGCAGUGGGGCCCACCCUGGAGGCUCCAUCAAGGGGUUCCCCCCACCUCCAAUA